ACCUCGAUCUCGCUGAAGCAGAAGCAAAUACGAGCUCGUUUAGAGAAAAGCGCUUCUCUCCUCCUCCUCUCUCUCUCUCUCUCUCUCUCUCUUUCUUUCUCUCUCUCUCUCUCUCUCUAGUAUCGGGCUCCGAGCUUUUGCUUUCUUAGUACAAAUUCGAAUUCAAAGUGUCCAAAGAUCUCACCUUUUUCUUUCCCCAUUCCUUUUCUCUCGUAGAGGUGGAGGUGGAGGUGGAGGUGGAGAGCUACAAUGGAUGGGUGGAUUCUGAGCAAUUUGAUGUACAUGGUUUACUAUCCAUUUUUCUGGAGAGAGAAGUAUAAAUUAACACUCAUGUAGUGGAUUCUGAGAGCAAAGUGCUCCUUUGAGCUCCAUUUAGGGUUUGAAGCUUGAGAUUUUGUAACUGGAUCGAUGAAUCUUUCCUUUUAGUAUAAAAAAAUCCAAUUUUGCUUGGAGUGGGGUUAGCAAUGAAGCCCAAUAUGAUGAAUCUGAAGGGCAAAUCCGGUGGAAGGAUGGUUACGACACAGCAGGUGAUCUUCGAAAUGAAGCACAAGUUGGUCCUUUCGCUUAAUAAGCUUGCGGAUAGAGACACCCACCAAAUCGGAGUGGAGGAGCUUCAAAAGGCCGCCGAGGGUUUAUCGCCUGAAUUGAUCGGCCCCUUCGUUUCUUGCAUUACCGAUACAGAUUCGGAGCAAAAGAGCGCGGUUAGGAAGGAGUGUGUGAAGGUUAUGGGAACCCUAGCAAGGUUUCAUGGGAGCCUUUUGGCUCCUCACCUGCCGAAAAUGGUGGCGAGUGUAGUUAAGCGUUUGAAGGAUUCAGAUUCAGUUGUUAGGGAUGCUUGUGUGGAAACUUGCGGUGUUUUAGCUAUGAGCAUAAGAAACUAUAAUGGUGCUAAUGGUGAAGGCGGUAGUGGAGGGUUCAUUAUAUUGGUUAGGCCGCUUUUCGAAGCUUUGGGUGAGCAGAAUAGAUAUGUACAGGCCGGUUCGGCUCUGUGUUUGGCUAAAGUUAUUGAUGAGAGCGGCGAUCUCUCUUUGUCGAUUUUGCCUCAAAUGCUGGCUCGUGUUGUUAAGUUGCUAAAGAAUCCGCACUUCAUGGCAAAACCAGCGAUAAUUGAAUUGAUCAGAAGCAUUAUUCAGGCUGGAGGUGCUUCUUCUCAGCAAGCUUUAUCUACUGCUAUAAACAGCAUUACAGAAGCCCUUAAAAGUAACGACUGGACAACACGAAAAGCUGCUUCUGUGGCUUUGGCAAGUAUAGCCAUCGGUGCUGGAUAUUUGUUGGGUUCUUUUAAAGCUUCUUGCCUUCGCUCCCUCGAAUGUUGUCGGUUCGACAAGGUCAAACCAGUGCGUGAUGCAAUCUUGCAUGCCGUUCAGUGUUGGAAAGCUCUUCCAGGGCCUGGUUCUCCCGAACCUUCUGAAGUUGGAUCUUCAACAAAGGAAAAUUUUGGCGGAGAUUACCAUGAUGUCACUAGCGUUAGUGAUGGUGGAUGGAGAGAUUCCUCUUUUCGGAAGGCCACCCCUGUUUCUGUUCUAAGUGGUAAUUCUAUUACUUCGAUGAAGAAAAGAGCUCCAUUAUCCAUGAAGAGAACAACAUUAAACAGCGUGUCUAAUCACCAAGAAGGAAAAGCAAACGAUUGGCACAUUGAGAUAUCACUCCCAAAGAGUCAUAAUCCAAAGGAUGCUGAAAGAAGGGAAGCAAACGCAAUUUUAGAACAAGGAAUAAAAUAUGAAUAUGAUGCUGCAGAUUAUAAGCCAGAGAGCUCCUCAGUUUCGGAUUUAGCUAGCAGGAGCUAUGAGACAAAGCACAUAACAGUUACACAGGAGUGCAUUGAGGAUUGUGAUUCAGAAAACUUAAUAGGGAUAAAUGACAAGUUUGCCCGUCAGGAGAUUGAACCCGGAAGUUUUACAAGUCGGGAGCGGAAGAGUUUGGACUCAACUGUUACUGAUUUGGGUUCGCAAGGUAUGCAUGGUUGUUGUCUUCAUGCGGCAAAUGAACUGACCUUCAUCAAAAAGCAACUUGUCGAGAUCGAAACCAAGCAAGCAAACUUGCUUGAUCUCUUACAGGUGUUUAUGGGUAACUCAAUGGAUAACCUUUCGACGCUACAAUCGAAGGUACAUAACCUGGAGCAUGCUGUACAAAAGAUAGUACACUGUGUUACUCCAAAUGAAAGUUGUUCGACCAUCGCCAUCUCAAAACUUUUGAAGAGCCAAUGUGCUUCUCCAUCCCCUAGACUCUCUAUUUCCACACCUAGGCCAUCCGUGGAAGUCAACUACAAACCGCCGCUUCUAUCUACAAAUAAUGGAGACCUAUGCAGGGAUAAUGCUUCUCCUAAAAGCAGAACAGCUACCUCAGUCAAAGUGGGAGUUGACCUAUGGAGGGAUCCUACUCUCAAUAUAGCUAAGAAUUCAAUAGACGGACGUCAAGGACGUCAGCGGAAAAUCCAUGAAAGGACUUACUGUUCAGCUAGUAAUGAAAGCCCUAGACAAAUGAAACUGGAAUCAAUGACAGGCAUUUGGAAGCAGAUUAAGGAGCUCCUUAGCACUGGGGAUGUGGAAUCUGCAUACACGGAGGCGAUUCAUUCUGGCGCUGAUCAUUGUGUUAUUGAGCUAAUGGAUAGAACUGGGCCUGUUCUUGAAAGAUUGACUCCUGAAACAACCAAUGAAGUUCUGAGGGUUCUUGCUACACAUUUUCUGGAUCAAAGGCUUCUUGAUUCUAGAUUACAUUGGUUGCAACAAGUGGUGGACUUAUGCUCCAAUCAUGAACCAAGACAUAUUUUUCUGUCGCCAAGAGCACAAAUGGAGUUCCUGUCAGCAAUACAUGAAGUGACGACGAAGGGAUUCGUUGAUCCAGUCGACAGAAUUUUGAUCAAGCAGAUCACAACAAAGUUGAGCCAACUUUGCGGUGAUGUCUCGGGCAGGAAACCUCUCCGGAAUAGAGGACCAGCUGGAACAAAAAUAUCAUUAAGCACAGCCAUGAGAUAACUCUGCUGCAGAAAAGUUGAAAAAUGAUAUCCUAUUUCUGCAUCUUUAAUAUCAUGCAAGGACUCCUUUUUUCCUUUUUGUUUCACCUUUUUCGGUGGUUGUAUGAAUGAUGAUUCUCAUUUUUAUCAAUCUUCUUAAUGCUUGUUUAGUUUGAGAAGAAGUUUUGCUAAAUGGCGAUGAUGAUUCACCAUCAUAGAUCGCGAGUUGGACUUGCAAAUUCAUUUGCGCGAAUCGCUGUUUAGGUGCUGCUCUGAAAGUAGAGCAAAAAUGUUCCAAGAAAAAUAUAUAGAUUCUGCAUAGGCUUGAAAAACCAAGGAAAACUGUUUUCUGAAAAAAAAAAAAGAAAAAGAAAAAGAAAAAGAAAGAAG